AAUAGUAUCUGGCCCAAAUGGGCAUAUUCGCGGCGGUAUUGUCUCAGUGGGUACCUAUUAGUAGAUACGAUAUGUCGGGUGCUCCGGCGCAGAAGGACGCUGAUAAAAGAUUACGCGGCUAGUAUCAUUUAGUCCUCCGCUGAGUGAGCAACAGUCUCGAAGAGUCUCAAGACCACUUUAAUUGAAUUAGUCCAAUGAACUCUUUCCGUCUCGUGCUUGGAUUGUCUGUACAAUGUCGUGAGAAUUGAAAAAGAGGAAAAUUGUUGUACUUCAGUGAAAUUUUUGGUGAUAUUAGUUAGUGCGGUGAUGAGGAAAGUCGCAGUCAUUUAGCUUGAAAAGUGUAGUGUUAAGUGUUAAAUUUUUUUUGGACAAAAUGGACAGACGAGGCUGUUCUGUAUCGCUGGCCGUGGCGGUGCUAUGCGCGUGUUGUGCAUUGGCCAAGGAGAUGACAGACCUUGAAGUCCUCACUUCGCAACCCACUCGGUGCACCUACGAGCACGCAUACGACAUGUAUGGGGCCCAUUGUGCGGGGCUGCGGCUGUCGAAGAUACCUAGUCUUAAGGGAGGAAUUGAGAUUCUGGACUUCAGCGACAACAAACUACAGGAGAUCCACUCGGACACGUUCUCGAGCUACACCAGCAUAAAGUUCCUGUACCUGGCGGACAACCAGAUAUUCAACAUCGACGACGACGCCUUCCUCUACCUCACCGAUCUCCAAUGCCUCGAUCUCUCUAAAAACGUCAUCCUAAACCUCCCCCCAACCAUCUUACAAUUACCGUCCCUAAGAAAGUUAUUGCUCAGCGGAAAUCCUCUAAUCCACAUGAGUUUGGACACUCUAGCAAGUACCAAAACAAUCCGCGCCCCUUUACAACAUUUAGACUUGUCUGAUUGCAAAAUAAAGCAGUUACCCGAUUGGGGUUUGCUUCCCCAGUUGAUCUUCUAUAAUAUUUCCCACAAUCCUCUGACGUCACUUGAGGCGAAACAUUUUGCAGUGAUGUGUAAUUUGGGCAACCUAGACUUGAGUAAGUCUAUAGACGGCAUUCGAUUGUGUGAGCUGCGUCCAGUUGUCUCCUGGUUUCAAGAGAAAGGUGUUUAUUUCCUGUUGGACGACUAUACUAAACUUAAUUCUAAAGAGUUUGAAAGAUGCCAAUCGGAUGACCUAGGAGCCUACAACGCCACCUUUCAGAAAUGCAAGAGCGAAUACAUGCUGGUGGAGAAUAAGAGAACGUCCCGACGUACCUGGUUAACGAUCAGCGGGGGGCUGGCUGGGUUCCUGGUGGGGUUCAUCCUGCUGCUGUACCUGAUGCACCGCCACAACGUGUCGCAGACCAAGGCCGCCUCAGAGAAGAAGACCCAACCCAGGGACGGCGACAAAAACGCUACCGCUGUCCUUUUAAAUGAUGUCUCUUAGUGGCUACCAACAUUUUUAAAUGUCCUUUUUGACCAAAAAUUACAAAUUAAACACAAAAUUACUUAUACCUACUAAAAAGCCUAAGGUAGCCAAGUAAGUAAAGCCAGAGGUAAGCUUUUGCAUUUGUAUCUACGUGAUUUCUUUAUAUAAUUUCGCAACGUGUAGAUAAAGUGCCAAAGAAAGUUCGAAGUAGAAACAUGUAUUAUGUAAAAUUGUAUGUGUAUAAAAUGGCUAGGUGUAGUGUUUUCCUAGCACCCCGCGUAUCAUAUCGAGCGUCAAACGCCAAUAAAUCCGUACCUAUAUUGGUAUCAAUUGAUAAACAUGCGCUGCGCACAAAAGUAAGCAAACCCUGAGGCUAGUUUCUUGUUAUAUUUUAUUAUCCAUUUUUAUUAUAUAGGUAUCAUUAUAACUGUAGUCAUGCAAAUUGUUUCAUAUUAUUUUUAUAGAUUCUAAGUAACGUGUAAAGUUUUAGAGGCUUCAAAAGGCUGAUUAGAUUUACUAAUUACAAGUAUUUAAUUUCUCAUUAACUAAAAUGCCAUUUAUUAUCUGUAUUAAGAUAUGAUGAAAAUGUCCUGUUACUACGAAGUUAAAAAAGUUAAUAUAACUUUUUAGAUAUCAAAAUAAAUAAAAAGAGAAUUGUUUUAUCUUGCCAAAGACUACGUUUGUACUCUCGCGUUGUUUCAUCGCAUCUUUCGUUUUAAGGUUCACUGUGAUAGUUUAAGAAUAGUUUUUAUUAAAUAAAUUGUUCUGGAA